AUGAGAUUUCCAAGAACUCGCUUAUUCACUACUCUCGUCCUAUUUUUCUCAUUCUCUAUCAGGGCAAAUGCAGACGCGCUCAACAGAUUCGGCGGCAACACCCCAAUCUCCGCGUACACCCCGCAUUCCAUCAAAGCAAUACUGUCCCCCAGUCUCUCCUCAUCGGCUUCAAUCGCCCUCCCGGGCGAUGCAGAAUACGAAGAGCUAACGACGAAAUACUCCGAUUACAACCGUCCCACAUAUUCUGCUGUCGUUGCGGUAGCCUCAAUCGAAGACGUCGUGGCAACAGUCAAAUACGCGCGCGAAAACAAUAUCCCUUUCCUCGUGCAAUCCGGAGGACACAGUUUAACGACCUCCACACAGGUCACACAAAAUGCCAUUCAGAUUAAUAUGCGAAAACUCAACUAUAUUCAUUUCGAUGGGGAGAGAGGCUCGGAGUACGCAGUUGUCGGAGGCGGGACUCUGACGGGAGAAUUCGCGAAUGCGACAUAUGCCAAAAAUAGAGAAGUUACUGUUGGAUCCUGCCCCUGCACAGGCGUAAUGGGGAUCGGCCUGGGUGCAGGAAUCGGCCGACUCCAGGGGAUGUACGGUUACUUCAUGGAUAACAUCGUCGAGCUAACGCUCGUGCUAUACGAUGGUUCCGUUGUAACUAUGUCGGAGACCUCUAACAAGGAUCUAUGGUGGGCCGUCCGAGGCGCGGGGCACAACUUUGGCGUCGCUGUGGAAGCAGUCAUCAAAACGCAUCCGCAGCUCAAUGCUGGCAAACACUUUGUUGCGGAUAUGGAAUUCCCCGUUUCGCGCACCGCAGAGCUCUUCCAGCUCAUGAAUCAGAUCUCGACACCCGACCUCCCGCCAGAGCUUGCAUUCUUCAUCACGGCGCACUAUAGAGGGAAGUCGGGGAAGCCGAUUAUCAACAUUGACUUUGUCUGGCAUGGUCCCCGUGAAGUAGCACUGCCCUACCUGCAACCUUUUCUCGACCUGUCCCCAAUUUUCAAGAAAGAAGAAUAUGUCGCCUGGGAUUCAUUACCUUGGGUGACCUAUCUCGAGCUCAACAAUAUCCUUUGCUCGCAGCCAGGUGGGCAACGGAAUUUCUACGCUGCAAAUGCCGCGACAUACGACAUAUCUGCAAUGGUCAGCUUGUUCGAGGAUUGGGAGAAGACAUCUAAGGAAUAUGCCGGGCGUGCAACCAUUUUACUCAUGUUCCAAACAUUUGGCCAAGGCAAAGUACAGGCUGUAGAGACGGAUUCGAGUGUUUUUCCAUGGAGGAAUGGGGCGAAGCAUUUCUUGAUUGUCCAAGCAACAUAUAAAGACCUCUCCCUGCGCAUGACGCUCGACAGGUGGCUCAAGGCAGCGCAGAACCUCAUUGUCGAAAGUAGCGGGUACGGUCGGCUACAACAAUACGUGAACUACGGGCAUGGGUUUACCGACUCAGCGGAGAGUUUGUAUGGGUAUGAUGGACGUCGAAUGGCGCGUUUGCUCGAGCUCAAGGAUAAGGGGUGGAUUGCGAGAGACGUCGAUAUUGCCGAAGCGUCCGAGAGUCAGCAGGAAAUUGGAGGUGGAGGAGGGCGUGAAGAAUAG